AUGUGUGGAAGGUUCCCGUACAAAAGUGAAAGUACGGUACUUUUCGGCAGCAGCAGUACCGUGAUCACUGAAAAUCUUAAAAGCCUCAUCAGCAUCAUGCCAGUUCCGGAGCUCCAGAAACCAGCGCCCGCCUUCCAGGGUACCGCCGUCGUGAACGGACAGUUCAAGCAGAUCGACCUCGCCGACUACAAGGGCAAGUACGUGGUGCUGUUCUUCUAUCCGCUCGACUUCACCUUCGUCUGUCCGACUGAAAUUGUCGCCUUCUCGGACCGUGCGGAAGAGUUCCGCUCGAAGAAGUGCGAAGUGAUUGCCUGCUCGACCGACAGCCACUUUACCCAUCUUGCCUGGAUCAAUACGCCGCGCAAGCAGGGUGGACUGGGUGAGCUGCAGAUUCCGCUGCUGGCGGACAAGUCGAUGAAGAUCGCACGUGACUACGGUGUGUUGCAGGAGGAGACGGGCGUACCAUUCCGUGGGCUGUUCAUCAUCGACGACAAGGGCAACUUGCGGCAGGUGACGGUGAACGAUCUGCCGGUUGGACGUAGCGUGGACGAGACGCUUCGUCUGGUGGAAGCGUUCCAGUACACCGAUACGUACGGUGAGGUGUGUCCGGCCAACUGGAAACCGGGCAGCAAGACGAUGGUGGCCGAUCCGAGCAAAUCGAAGGAAUACUUCAAUGCUGUUAACUAAGAC